AUGGCUGAAGAGGUCUUCAAGCCACAGCUCACGCCCGUGGGCGAAAAGUCACUGCCGGCAAAAUGCAAGGCACGCACGCUGACCUACUGUCCCACGAUGGACCUGAUCGCCCUAGUCACAGAGGAUGAAGAAUUACGCGUUUUCCGGCUGAACGGGCAGAAGGUCUUCGGGGGAUCAUUCAAGGGAGAUCCGUACCUGGGCGAGGACGAAGCAGAUGGGGAGAUCCGAGCGGUGAAGUGGAAGGAUAAUGGGCAUUUACUGGCGGUUGCUUGCGCAGAUGACACUGUCCGGUUGAUCAGCGCGUACAGUGGCAAAACGGUGCACCAUUACCGUGCGGAUCAGCCGGGCGCUCACGCUCAGCCCGUCAGCAUCACCUGUCUGGGCUGGGGCGUCAACUUUACAGAUAGCAAAGCUGCGCAGCGUCAUCUGCAGGAGGCUGCGGGGCAGCUCACCGUUUCGGAUUUACUGUCGCCAGAUACCCAGCCGUCCAAGGCGGCGGCGCUGCUCAAGGCUGAUUUGCCGCGGGAGUUGGCAUUGCUGGAUAUCGAGAGCUCCUUGCCGAAAUUGAGUACGUUGCCUGCGACGGGAAGCGACUCUCGAGCGUCAAUUGAUGCGAUUUUUCACUCGUCCUCGAAAAACAGUAAUGAUGCGGUUGAUGUGCUGUUGGUUGGGUUUGAUGAUGGGACCGUCCAUCUGCGUAUCUUUGACUGCUUCGAAAUUGGCUCGGUUAAGGUCGGGGUGUCGGACGGCGGUUCGUCUGCCUGCAGAAUACUCCAGCAUGCGUCACAUCCAUUGAGCUCAACGCAUGCAUUGCUGGCAUCCACGUCGACCCCUGGCUCUUCUGGUGGACUGCAUCUACUCACUAUUGAUCUUCGCUUUAUCACUAGAUCAGGUCGGUAUCUGUCGCUUCUGGCCUACAAAACCACCCAGUUACAGAAUUUGCUCCGUUAUAUCGGCCAGGUCCAGAGGCAGAUUGAGCUUGAGUGGAAGAAUGCGCAGGAGUUGCCUGCGCGAUACAUGCGCAGUAUCAAUGAGGAUCUGAAGGAGAAAUGCCAUUGUGACUUUGUCACGGCCGCUUACCAUCUGGUGGUGACGGGCGAUUGCUUUGAGCCACUGAAGGAAUUUCUGGUAGAUAUUGUCGGCGAAAGGGGUCAUAAGCGUUGGGAAAAGGCUGUCUCAAGCGGAUAUGAGAACGUCCGACGCCUGACGCACGAGUGUCUACUCCCCGCGCUUGAGCGAUGCGAAGUGCUGCUUAGUCGACUUAUCGGCCUGUCUCGAUUCCAGAAGCUCAGCGAAGUGCUGGGCUUAGAGACCAACGACCUCAAUGCGAGUGUCGAGACGCUUGAUUGUCUUCAUCUCCUUUGUCACCAGAUCCUUAUCAAUGCUAACGAGGAACUGGCUCAGUUCAUCGCCUUCUCCCAGUGGCUUCGACAUGAGAUUGAUAUGCAGACUGCGGAGCCCAUGUCACAAACUCUGGAAGAACUUAUGGAGAAGACAGACAUGAUAGAUUAUCCACAGACUCUAGAAUACAUUAGAGGCGCGCUAACCAAGAGCACACUCCAGCACUUUAUCCAGCAGCUUCCCAUGAUGGGAGUGCCUGUUGGUAAGCCUUCUGCUACAUCAGACAAGUGGACGGCCGCAGAUGACCGGCCCUUUUACGACACAUUCAAAAAGCUUCUUGAACAGCUGAAUCGGGGCCAAAACAAUGCAAACCCUCCGGAGGUUCCCAAACUGAAUGAUUUGACAAAGCGCCUAGGACUACAAUUUGAAAAAGUCUUUGGGCAAAUAGCGAUAACACAACGCAGAGGCAUCUUGCACCGAUCGCCUCUUGCUCUUCACCCGGAUGCCGAUCAGGAGGUCAUUGAUAUCAUAAUGUGCUCCGAGCCCGCAUCCACGUUUGAUACCGAAGGAGCCUUCAGCUCGCCAUCUCCUUUCUUCAUCACCUACAGCGACAAGCUGCUUGACUCUACCUCACCUCAACCCACAAUAGAUGCUACGACGCUGGACUUGUUAUCGCCGCAUUCCACGCACGCGAGCCUCAUCAAGCAUGCCUUUUCUCCGUCCGGUCAGAAGGCCAGACCCUUGCGGUUCGACGUCAAUGGACGAAAAGGUCGUCGGGCGAUCUGCGUCUUGUACGGCGAUGGGUUGCGGUAUGAAGUCCUAGACAUGGAUGCUGAAUUGGCCGAUGAGGAUGAAGAGAGUGAAUAG